CCUUGAAGGGUAAAGAUGUUUAGUACUAUAAGAAUGCAGUCGGUGAUUCUUUGCCUGAGCUUCUUCGUUGUUGUUGUCUAUGGAUACCCGAAUGGGGCUCGUGUAGGCGCUUGUGAAACUAUGACUCCUGGUCAUGGUGCUGCCGUGCAAACGGGGCCCUCACCAUACCGAGUGACCAUGAACGCUCAGAGUUACACAGCUGGUAACCGCAUCACAGUAACGGUAUCUGGCGGGACUUUCAGAGGAGUGCUGGUCCAAGCUCGUCCUGCUAACUGCUCGACAGUUACUUUCCCGACAUUUUCUCUGAUGGCCAAUGAAUCAAACUUCCAGACUCUUGCCUGUAAUGGUGUAGCAAAUAGUGCUGUUACACAUACCAAUAGGAAUGACAAAACCCAGGCAAUGUUUUACUGGACUCCUGCAGCAAGCCUGGGCCAUGUAUACUUUCGUGCUACAGUAGUACAAAGCUUUAACACAUACUGGGUUGGAAUUCAGUCUCCUGUUUUGCGUGACAGUAACUCUGCUGACCCGGUUCCAGAUUCUGUAUGCCCACAGAGCGGAGGCGCGGAUCUAAAGUCAGCCUUGUCUUUAAUGGUUACCAUGCUGGUGGCACUAUUUCUUACAAUAUAAUGUUUCUUCUUCCUUUGUGGCAGUGCACAACUAGCUUAAAGGAGGAACGAUGCCAUUUCUUGAUGCUUCAUGAUUAUCUUUAAACUGUACAUCCGUACACCAUUAUUUAUGUGUUAAGUACAAAUAUGUUUUGGAAAAAUGCUCUCCAAAGUACAGCGACUCUGAAAGCAACAAUCUAUAUAAUAUAAUUUUAUCAUUAUUAAAUUCCAUACAUUUCCGUACGAUUUCCAGAUAUUUUUAUAUGUAUAGAAUUGAAAGCGAUUGAUUUACAUCAUUUUUAUGUCUAUCCAGGAGAUGGUAAAUCCUGAUCCUAUGGCUGAACAAUGUAUAUUUCUUUCUUCGAUCUUUAUCUGUGUUAAACUUUUAUAAUCUUUCUUAUUUGAGAGAGAGAGAGAGAGAGAGAGAGAGAGAGAGAGAAUAAUGUGCACGCAUCGAAUGCUGUAUAAGAGUUUAUAAAGUAAAUACUUGUUCGAAAAGUAGUCCUCCGGGUUACAGUGUAUAGGGGAUGGUCAAAGCUUCAUAUAAAAAUAAACGAGCAAGUAGUAUAUAUUCGACUUAUUGUUUUUUACUUGUUUCAUGUACGUCCCACUCCCUUCCAGAAAAUUUCACUCAUGGAUAUUGGGACAUCACAAAUAGGCUGCAAACUCAGACCUGUACUCCAGUUUAUUGUCAUUGGCCCCUCGUUUUUUUCCGAAAAUAGCCUAUUGUUAAUCUUGAUAACCGUUAAUCUGUAAUGGAAGAUUCGAUAAAAGAUCGGUCCACCCCAACCUUUACUUCCUAUUGAAGUAUGGAACACCCCCCCCCCCCCAUUUUACAAGUUUUUGUGAGUGGACUUUUAUAUUUUUUAAGUUUUAGUCUUCCCGGAAAUUUUAUUUUUUUGCUAGUCAAGUACAUUUUUCUGUCCACUUACCGUUUUGCGUGACAGUAACUCUGCUGACCCGGUUCCAGAUUCUGUAUGCCCACAAAGCGGAGGGGCGGAUCUAAAGUCAGCCUUGUCUUUAAUGGUUACCAUGCUGGUGGCACUAUUUCUUACAAUAUAAUGUUUCUUCUUCCUCUGUGGCAGUGCAAAACUAGGUUGAAGGAGGAACGAUGCCAUUUCUUGAUGCUUUAUGAUUAUAUUUGAACUGUACAUCCGUACACCAUUAUUUAUGUGUUAAGUACAAAUAUGUUUUGGAAAAAUGCUCUCCAAAGUACAGCGACUCUGAAAGCAACAAUUUAGAUAAUAUAUUUUUAUCAUUAUUAAGAUAUCCAUACAUUUCCGUACGACUUCCAGAUAUUUUUAUUUGUAUAGAAUUGAAAGCGAUUGAUUCAUAUCAUUUUUAUGUCUAUCCAGGAGAUGGUAAAUCCUGAUCCUAUGUCUGAACAAUGUAUAUUUCUUUCUUCGAUCUUUAUCUGUGUUAAACUUUUAUAAUCUUUCUUAUUUGAGAGAGAGAGAGAGAGAGAGAGAGAGAGAGAGAGAGAGAGAGAGAUGUGCACGCAUCGAAUGCAGUAUAAGAGUUUAUAAAGUAAAUACCUGUUCGAAAAGUAGUCCUCCGAGUUACAGUGUACAGGGGAUGGUCAAAGCUUCAUAUAAAAAUAAACG